AUGGAAACACUGACGAUUGUGAAUGGCGACAUCUAUACCCCAACACAUUAUGGACAGGGAAGUAUCGUCAUUCAAAACGACAAAAUUUCAACGAUAACAUCAGAGGCACUGAAACCAUCAGGGGAAGUUAUUGAUGCUUCUGGAUGUCUUAUCAUUCCGGGAUUGAUUGACGGAUUGGUGCACGGUGGCGGUGGCUAUGAUAGCAUGACCGGUGAAGUUGAAGACAUCGCGACAAUCGCACGAGCGCAUGCGCGCAGCGGCGUAACCGCGUUGGUGUUAGGAAUCUCCUCGGGGAGCAUGGAACAAAUCAACAAUGCAUUAACGGCUAUUGCACAUGCCGUUGAUGAACCGAUAUCAGAUGGUUCUCGGAUUUUAGGGUCGUACGUAGAAGGAAAAUUCGGGAGUCUCGCCAAAAACGGCGCGCAGAACGCGAAGUACAUUACACCGCCGAACUUUGAAGAAUUCCACGCGAUGUGGGCGGCUUCCGAUGGCACCUUAAAAGUAAUCUCCGUCGCGCCAGAAAACGAUGAAAAUCUGCAGUUCAUCAAGCAUCUCUCGACCUUUAGCACAGAUGCCUAUAAUAAUAUCGUUAUCGCGAUGGGACACACAAACGCGACAUAUCAACAAGCAAUAGAUGCGAUUGACGCAGGCGUGACACGUGCGACUCAUACCUACAAUGGCAUGAGCGGGAUGCACCACCGUACACUCGGCGCAGUUGAAGCGGUACUCUCCCACCCAGACAUCCACGCAGAGCUUAUCGUCGAUGAACAUCAUGUCCAUCCUUUCUGGGGAAAUAACUUAAUUCAACAAAAAGGGAUUCACGCCGUUGGGUUAAUUACAGACUGCACAGAACUCGCCGGUGUCCCUGAGGAAGACUGGCAAACCUCGGCAACAUAUAUCCCCGCGCUCGAUGCCUAUCGCCUCAACGAAGAUGCGAUUGCUGAACACGACACAGCCUUUGAAACGAAUAGUACCGAGAAAUAUGUCCGUAACGGAGCAAUGUGGUUGGAUGUAGGAAAGCCUACCGAACGCCUUGCAGGUGCAACAAUUACACUUAUGGAUGGCAUCCGUAACGUUAUCAACUGGGGGCAUUCUCUGGAAGAUGCCUUAACGAUGGCGACCUUAACACCGGCACAAAAUUUAGGCGUUGCAGAUUCAGUCGGUUCAAUUGCGACCGGUAAAACAGCCGAUCUCGUUAUCGUUGAUGAUAAUUUGAGCGUUCAUACGGUUAUUUUACGUGGAAAAUUGGUAAAAAAUUAG